CUUUGAUGGUGGCUGAGGUGUCCGGUGAGAGGAGUAAUUUGGGGCGUCCAGAGUGAGGCGUUUCACCAGCAGUUGUCACCUCAGCAGUUGGUCGAGUAGCACAUGUGCUGCUCUGAGUUGGACCGUUAUUUAUUUAUUUUUUAUUUUUAGGACGCCGUCUCUCUGUGAUUUUUGGUUUUGAGUAUUUUUCUAUUCAGGCCGUAAAAAAAAAAAAAAAAGAAAAGUUCUCUGUCCGGAACCGGGUGCCCUGUUUUCCUGUUUUGUCCGAGCUGAUCUUUGACGGAGCUGCCCAGCUGAGGUGAAGGGGAGGGCAGAAGAUCCCAGGGGAGUGUUCAUGACCUGCACGCGGAAACGGGACCAUGAUCUGAGGACGGUGCUGGACACACAGAACCCCAUUUUCCUCUCCUCCUUGUCCCUCUUUUUUUUUGUUUUUCUUUUCUUUUCAGUCUGAGCUAAAAGCCUGCCUGCUCAGGUGCUUUAGACGCAGUCAGGGUGCAGAAAGAGGUCAAACUGAAAGCAAGUAAACAUCUGAAGAGGAGGAAAUCUAUCCACAGCCACCUGUGACCUCGCACUUUUCCGCAUCCUCCCUGCUCCUCCCGCCACAACAGCAGAAUCAUGGGGAGGAAAAAGAUCCAGAUCCAGAGGAUCACCGAUGAACGCAACAGACAGGUGACGUUCACCAAGCGGAAGUUCGGUCUGAUGAAGAAGGCGUACGAGCUGAGUGUCCUGUGCGACUGCGAGAUCGCCCUCAUUAUCUUCAACCACUCGAACAAGCUGUUUCAGUACGCCAGCACCGACAUGGACAAGGUCCUGCUCAAGUACACGGAGUACAACGAGCCGCACGAGAGCCGGACCAACGCCGACAUUAUCGAGACGUUGCGAAAGAAAGGCUUUAACGGCUGCAACAGCCCCGAGCCCGACGGCGACGACUCCAUCGACCAAAGUCCGCUAAACGAUCGCAAGACCGACGACCUGGACAGCCUCUUCAAACGCUAUGGCGCUCUGAACAAGAAAGAGCACCGGGACUCUGAGAGCCCAGACCCCGAGGAGCCCUUCUCCCUCACCCCCCGCACUGAGGAGAAAUACAAAAAAAUUGACGAGGAGUUUGAUAAAAUGAUGCAGAACUAUAGGCUGUCAUCCACUGUCCCGCAGUCGUCCUUCCCGAUGCCAGUCACCGUGCCCGUGUCCAAUCAGAACACGGCCCUCCAGUUCAGCAACAACCCUGCCGGCUCGAUGGUCACCACCACCUCCUUCGUCACCUCCACCCUCACAGACCCCCGCCUCCUGUCGCCACAGCAACCAGCUCUGCAGAGGAACACCGUGUCGCCGGGGUUACCGCAGCGACCGGCCAGUGCAGGUGCUCUGUUAGGAGGAGACUUGGGGAACUCAAACGGAGCGUGCCCGAGUCCAGUUCCUAACGGCUACAUCAGUGCCAGGGCCUCCCCGGGCCUCCUGUCCGUUUCCAAUGGCAACAGCCUGGGAAAAGUAGUCCCGGCAAAGUCUCCACCUCCGCCCAGCCCUCAGAUGGUCAACAGCCGGAAGCCGGACCUGAGGGUCAUCACUUCACAGAGUGGAAAGAGCCUCAUGCAGCUGACAGAGGAAGAGCUGGAGUUGGUGAGUGAGAAUGCUCAGCGGCUAGGUAGCUCGCAGGUGACUCAGCCGCUCACUACUCCAGUGGUUUCUGUGGCAACACCCAGCCUCCUUGCUCCCUUCCCUGGCAUGCAGACGGCCUACAACACCGAGUACCAGCUGACGAGUGCGGAUCUCACAGCCCUUCAGACUUUCACGCCACCAGGGCUGGUGCCUGGCAACAUGGCUGCCUGGCAGCAGCAACCAGUCGUCUCCCAGCAACAACAACAGCAUCAACAGCAGCAACAGCAGCUGACACUGGCGUCACUCAACAACUUGGUCUUGGCUUCUCAGUCCAACUUUCUCUUGGGCAGAGAGGAUGGCCUCUGCUGGUCAGUCGGGCCCGUACCUCAGAGCACCGCGCUCACGGUCAACACAAACCCCAAUCUCAACAUCAAAUCAGAACCCGUGUCCCCGAACCGCGACCGCAGCACGCCCAGUUCCACCGGCGGCUCGGGGAUGGGCGGCGGUUCUCAGAUGCAGGGACAAGGUCUGGUGUCGGUCGCCUUCCCCGGCACCCAAGGCCGCUCGCCCGUCGACAGCCUGAGCAGCAACGGCAGCUCCUACGAGGGCAGCGACAGGGACGAUGGGGCCCAGGGUCGAGGCGGGGGGCAGGACUUCCACCACCAGGCCGGAGCCGGAGCUCAGCAGUCCACCAUGGUCCUCCUGCGGCCCUCUUCAGCGGAGCCUCAGGAGCAGGACGGGAUGAACAUCAAGAGAGUGCGACUGGACAACUGGGUGACAUAGAGAAGAAAAGAGGAGAAACGGACACAUGGAAGAAGGAGAUGUGUACUUGUGGCUUGUGUACAUGCCCCCCCCCCCCCCCCCACCAGCUCUGAUGCCCCCAGUCUCCCCAUUUAACCCCCCACACCGAAUAAAAACCACCACUGACCCAGUGACUUACUCUCCAUGCAGGAAACGCAUUCAUACACAACACAAGCAUGCAAACACACUCAUGUUGCACGUGUGGACACUGAUGCUCAGCUGUAUGGCGAUGUGUGUUGUGCUUUGUUGUACUCAGAACAUCGCCCCCCCCCCCCCCCCCCCCCCUAUACACAGCGGGUUGAGCCAACGAUCCAGGGAUUACUCAUCAAACGAUUUAUCACUUUGGACUUGAUCCAGCUGCAUUUUGUAGGAGUGAACAAGUACAUUUCCAAUCAGGCGUAAAAUUGAACUUUUUGAACUACUUGACCAAUGCUGGCAGAGCAGACAAGCCAGACCUGGUUUCCCAGAAUGCACUGCAUGUGGUUGGCGAUUGGAGGCGUUCGCCCACUCUUGACUCUUUGUCCACAGAAGAUGUUCUGGUCAAAUAUGACAGGUCUGCGCCCUAAAAGUGCCACUGAAAACGUCCACAGAGUUGUUUUUAUUCCUGCCCAUCCGCGGCUGUGUUGCUGUCGCAUUAGAUUCUGGUUCCUCCGGGCAGAAUUUCGUCCUUCAGUCUUGACUCUUCGGUGUUUAGAUUCAUUUUGGUUUUGAAUAUAAAGACACUAAACAGGAAAAAACAAAAAUAAAAACAACAAUGUGCUUUUUCUCCGCCGCCAUGCUGGCAGCUCUUGUCAGCAGUUUGGCGCCUUGGCCCCCGAACAUGAAAGAGGACCCUCAGGUCUUUGCUGGAUCAGAACCACGCAGGCCAGCCGUAAAACGAGGAGCAUUAUCUGUUGCUGAGGUAAACGACUGCUUUUUCUUUGAAUCAGGGAUGAGCUGCGACGGCUCGGUGACACGUGACAGACUGUCAGCGUUUGGCCCACAUCGUGUCGACGACAGAGGCUGGGAAGGCUAUGUGUGUGUGUGUGUGUGUGGUGUGUGUGUGCGUGUAUACGGGUUUGUUACCUCAACUGAUUGUUGUUUCUUUCUUUUUAGCAAGUGGUUUGGACAAAUGUUCACUCUCAGUUUUAUCCUUGAACACACAACUGCAAUGCACACAGCUGAAAUUAUUUUUGUGGUAGAUGAUGUUCAAAGUCAGGUGGGGGGAGGGGGGGUGGGGGGGGGGGCACCUGUAUAUAAACAAUCUGUAACCUUUGUGGCUUUUGUGUGGCAGGGAUAAGUUGUUAUGAAGGUUGAAAUAAAUAGGUCAUAUACAAGUAUAUAUUUAAACACCUUCAGAGGGUUGCAUCUGAGGCUAUAGACUACAGCAAAACGACAGGGAUUGUAUAUAUUUAUAUAUACAUAUACAUAUAUGUAUACUAUAUAUUCGGCAGGAUAUCCCCUAACAUAAGAUUUUUUUUUAAAAAGCAAAUGUUGAUUCUCAGUGGAUCGGUCAGUCUUUUUAAAAGCUAUUUAUGCGUGUAUAUAAAGUGUAAAACGAGGAUUAGCCAGCAGAGGGCGCUGUAGGGGCAGAAAGUAAAGCAGUGGCGACUCGGACUGUUUAUGAGCGAGCGAUAGACUCGCUGGAUGGAGUGCACUUUACAUUAACUCCCACGUCCGACUCCUUCACACCCCCAGCCUAUGAGCACAUGCUGAACACACCAGGGUAAGACUGAUUAACCUGCAUCUAAAACUGGCCAUUAGCAGAGAAAAUGCUGCUUUUAGUUGAUUUUCUUGGCAUCAUUAUAGAUUCCUUCUACUUUCUGUAAAUGAAAGCAGUUACGUUCAUGAAGAAGAUUAAAGAAACUUUAAAAACUCACAAUAAGAACAAUUACAUCUACUUUUUUGAGAGGCAAAAAAAUACAUAUAUCUUGAUUUUUUUUCUUUUUCACACAUGAGUCGGCUUGGACCAGUUUGAGAUUCUGACGGCGUGAUAAUGUUUAGCAAGAAUAUCCCAGUUUACACGCUGGCAAUAAGCGGAAAUGAAAGUAACAAAAGGUGACUCAGUUAUUGUUAUUUAGAAAACUAAAUCAACCCUUAAAAACUGCUGCUGACAAUAUAUUAUUAACACUGAACAUUACUACCAGUAUGAUAAUAAUGUUCACAUUUCAUAUAUCUUUCAUUUUGACCCACAGAUAAACAUAAGUAAGAAAACUAUUAAAAGGUUUGAACGUACCUGAUUUAGAUUUUGUGUCAUUUAUAGAUGUGUUUAAUAUCAACCUUAAAAUCCUAUUUGAUUCUGCAGGAUUGAGAUGAAAUAAAUGAUAAACAUAUAAAUACGGGAUAAGUAUGCCUGCCAUUUAAAUCUUAGCUAGCUCUUCAGCAGAGUAGAUGGAUCUGCACCAAACCCUUCAUUUUCAUGCUAUUUUAGCAUGCUAACUCCUGCAGCCUGUUAGGAAACAAUUUACCUUCAACACACUGAUAAAUGGGACUUUUCUGCUUUCCUUACCAGGCCUGAAUUCGUGUUUUGCAGUCGACUUGAUCUUUAAGGUUGCAACACUUUAGUCGACGUACCCAGCUGACUAACAGCUCGCUGCAACCAUUUGAUACCAAUCAUUAUGUGGUGUUGGUUCUGCAGCAGGACACGUUUAGGGUUAACGUUUUCUUCUGAGCGCAGGCAGGGACUAAAUGCUGCAGCGAGGGCUGACGGAGGCCAGCCGAUGGCAGGAAACAGGUGCUGGUGGUUCAGUCAAAUCAAGAAUCGCCUCAUUGCUUAACGUUCACUGCUAUGCUUGUCGAAGCCGUGCUCUUACCAUCCUGCUCGGCGUUUUCUGCUUUAAAAUAUCAGUUUCUCUCUCACAGACACAGAAACGGACAGAUAGUAAAAAAAGAAAAACAACAAGGAUGCCAAGGAAGUUCCCUAGAACUUAGUUUAAUUUUGACGUUUGUCUUUUUCUCUUUAAUACAAAAAGCCAUGUAUCUAUAUCUAACGGACCUCUCCUUCGCCUGUCAGUGGUAGGCUGUAGUUUUAUACUCUGGAGAGUUUUUAAAAAAAUAAUUACUAUGAAGGUAGAAGGAUGUGAAGGAUGUCAUUUUUGUACUCUAUAAAAGUGUCAAAUGGUGAUUCUUUGGGUUUAGUGGGUAGAUCUUAAAAGCCGUGAUGGUCAAAAGUGGAAAUUUGUGUAUUUAUUUUUUCCUGAAAAGCACUCUCGGCCUGCGUGUAUUUGCUUGUGAAAAGCCCCAGAGGCAAAGUUUGGGUAUCAUUUGAUUUUAAGCCGGAGGUCUCAGAACGGUUCUGAUCUUUUAAUGACUUCCUCCCAAAUCCUACACAGACUUGUCGACUUUGGGCUUUACCACAUCCGGGCCGGCCCUCAUCACCUCCCUCCCACCCGUGUCACUCACUCAACUGGGCUUUAUGUCCUCUCCGGGGGGCUUAAGCUCCGAAAUUGCACAAACACAGACGAGUCCAUGGACAGUCCAUUGCUCAUACACUCGUGUUGGCUCCGUCCGGAUCGCGGCUCUCAGCGCUGAGAUGACGUUGAAUUAUUUUUGGGGUCAAUUCCACACGCCCCUCAGCCUCAUCGUGUUCUGCUCAAUUUAGAAGUAGGUUCUCGUUUUCUUUAUCUCUGUCCGUCACCCUGUCGCGCACACGCUCAUCCUCUGUUUGACGAGUCUCAGCGUCAGUAAUGCCCGUCUGAGUGCGUGGCAGAGCGAUCAUCCACUAGAUCCCCAGACAGCAAACCCUUCGACUGUUAAGACUGUUCUGCCCAGAGCUUCGAACAAAAGAAAACUACAUCCAAAUUUAAGUUAGGGAGUAACGGACUUUUCCACAAGGUGACAAAGAGGCAGCUUUGCGACAGACCACCACUAGGGGUCACUGUCAUUACAAUCAGAAAGACAAUCGUGCUGAUAAAUGCCCCGCCCCUAAAAAAAGUGACACACGCCUCUGUAUAAUGAUGUCUCACUGACUUUCCAGUGUUAUUUUGUGCCGGUGACAGUCUGUUUUUCUUGUUCUCUACGGAUCGAUAUUAUUAUUAAUAUUAUCAUCGUUACCACAGAAUUCACUGCUGGUAGAUGUCAUGAUGAUACAGAGCUCUUGAGUUCCUUUGUGUAGGUUAGACAUUUUGUUUCAUUUUGAAAUUUGAUUUUAUUCUAUGAAAAUAUCUUAUAAAUAUGUGUUUCUGUUUUCUCUUCUUGGGUUAUGUUUUUUUUGUUUUGUUUUGUUUUGUUUGUUUUGUUUAAAAAGGGUGUUACUAAUGUUGCACGAUUUGUAUGACCUGACACAACACAAGCGUGGUGAUGAUUUUAUUUCCUUUUAUUUUAUUUUUUUAAGUACAAAAACGAGUGGACUGCGACAAACCGCUUCUAUGCUGCAGCUUCUAAGUUCAAUAUCCGAACCUGUCAGUCCACACGGAGGUGGUGGGGGUGGGGUGGGGUGGGUAGGGGGGGUUUAGGAGGGGCAGCGUGACACGUCUAACUUAUUUCUAGCCAGACACCAUGAUGUCAAUGCAUGGCCGUUUCAAAGCAAGAGAAAGUGAAUCAUGUUGUAGGAAAUAAAGUGUAAUAUUGACACGAACACACGUCACACGAGACGACAUUUAAGAAGAAAAAAUAAAUAAAAGAAAUUGAAGUAAAAGUUUUAAGUAAAUUAUAGCUAAUAUAUUGUGUUUGGCUAGUCGGCUUUUUUUGUUGUAAAGAUAAUUUUUGUUUUGUUUUUUUCUUCGGAGAAUGAUAUACAAUUUGUGUAUAUUUUCAUAAAUAAAGUAUGCACUGAUAUGUUAUUAUAAAUUCUAUACUGCUUUUACAAAAAAAAGUGUUUGUUAUUGUACCAAAGUAUCCAUUGGUCCCAGCUUACCCUCCUCCCCUUUUUGCGUAUGUUUUACUGUAUUUUAUAUAUUAAAUAGACAAGUUGACCUAAA